AUGAUCGUCGCUGGCCGCAACAAUAUUACAACAAUAAUUAUUCGCGUCGACGGACUCAAGAUGCCAACCCACGAUUCUUAUGCCACAAUUGUAACGGGGU